GAGAUGGGCAGGGAGGAGAUUAAAGUGAGGAAUCAGAAAAUAAGAGAGACAAAAGCAAAAAGAUUGAGGGAGAAAGAAAUGGCAGAGCAAAAAGCAAGCUUUCAGGGAAGACUCGAAAACUUUAAAGGAAGGAUGUUCAACUACAGGAGGGUUAAAGAAACAAGGGAAAAUGAAAAUGAAAAUGAAAACAAGGAUGCCCCUACAACAGAAAAGGGUGGCUUCAUCACCAUUUUUUUCAUACUAGUGAAUGAGGCAUUCCAGAAGGUGGUGUCCUAUGGGCUGCUUUCCAAUAUGGUACUCUACCUAACCAAGGAGUAUCGCAUGACCACCGCUAAGGCCAACCACGCAAUGUUCUUCUGGAAUGCUACAACAGACUUGCUGGCUCUUUUGUGCGGUUUCAUCUCCGAUUCGUAUACGGGUCGUUUUUCUACCAUUGGCUUCGGUUCUGUAUCCAGCCUAUUGGGGACAUUCCUUUUAUGGUUGACGACAAUAAUUCCAAAAUUAAAGCCUCCCCGUUGCACUGAUCCAUCAACUCGAAGUUGCAGAUCCCCAACGACAGCGCAAUUGACUUAUCUCUUCUCCACGUUUUCUCUUAUUUCCAUUGGAGCGGGUUGUGUUAGCUCCUCCACAGCCUUCGGAGUUGAUCAAUUCAAACCAAAAGAUAAGAGGUCCUUAGAGAGAUACUUCAUGUACUACUACGCGUCGUCCUCCUUUCUUCUUGUAAUUACUGCGACAGCAACUGCUCACAUGCUAGAUAAAUUUGGAUGGGAAAAAGGCUUUAGAUUUCCGUUGAUCCUGGUAGUCCUCUUUGUUAUCACGUUCUUCCUUCGCUCUCCCCGCUAUUUUAAGGAGAAACCGGAGAAAGACCUGUUAACUAGCUUUGCCCAGGUGAUCGUGGCUGCUUUUAGAAACAGAAGCCUCUCGCUUCCCCCCACAAACUCAAUUGGGCGUUACCUUCCCAAGAAGAAUUCAAAGAUCGUCGUGCCGAGUGAUAAUUUAAGAUUUUUGAACAAGGCUUGCCUCAUCAGAAAUCCUGAAGAAGACAUCGCCCCCGAUUGGUCUGCUGUAAACCCAUGGACGCUUUGCACAAUUGAGCAAGUCGAGGAGCUCAAAGCUGUUGCAAAGGUCGCAGCAUUGCUGAGCACAGGCGUUAUGUUGUGGGUAACCGUAAGCAAACCCAAAUUCAUGUUACUCCAGGCUGGCAUCAUGAACAGGCAAAUUUCAGAUAAAUUUGAAAUCCCAAGAGGGACAUUUGCUGCAUUUAGCAUUAUAGUAAUGCUAAUGGGGGUUUUGCUCUAUGACCAUGUGGUUAUCCCCUUGGGCUCGAAGAUCAAAGGUGAACCAAUACAUAUUGGUGUCAAAUCGAGGAUGGGAAUUGGGCUGUUCCUCUCGGCGAUGGCAAUGGUGACCUCAGCGGUUGUUGAGAGUAUCAGAAGAGAGAAGGCUAUCACAGAAGGCAGCUCCGAUGAUAUGUCAGCGAUGUGGCUUCUUCCACAGCAUUGUUUGAUAGGCCUAGCUCAAGCGUUUACUAUAGCAGGACAAUUAGAGUUCGUCUAUACGGAGCUCCCCAGGAGCAUGUCCAGCGUUGCCGUUGCUCUGUUGGAGCCAGGAAUGGCUGUGGCCUCCCUACUAUCCGAUGCUGUAUCAAACGCCGUGCUUGACCUAUCUUCCAAAGGAGGGGAGGAGAUGGCUUGGACUGACAUAGACAAGGCUCCUUUGCACUAUUAUUACUGGGCCCUUGCCAUUAUGAGCUGCAUAAAUCUACUCUAUUUCUGCCUCUGCAGCCGGGCUUACGGUCCCUGUGGUGAACGAUGCGAGGACAAUGGAGCCGAGUUAGAUGGAGCUGAGUUAGAUGGCACGUAGAUAUCUUUGGCAUCCUUAGCUUUGAUAUGUUUCAGUAAAAUAUGUUUCUUAGUCUUAUCGUCUUCUACUUUAUAUCUCACAUUUUAUAAAUGUAAUGUAAUUUU